GGAAAGGGAAACGGCGGCAUUCCGAUGGCGAAGCGGGGGAAGAGGAAGAGGAAGGCGAGAGGAAGGCCAAGCAGCCCAAGCAGGAGGCCAGCGCCAAGGAGACUCCUGCACCUGCACCUGAGGAAGUUAUCUACUGGCAGGUCAACCUGGACCGCUUCCACCAACACUUCCGGGACCAAGCUAUCGUCAGUGCCGUGGCCAACAGGAUGGACCAGACCAGCAGUGAAAUUGUGCGGACGAUGUUGCGCAUGAGCGAGGUCACCACCGCCCCCGGUGCCCCCUACACACAGCCGCUCUCCUCCAAUGAGAUAUUCCGGUCGCUCCCGUCCGGCUACAACAUUUCCAAGCAGACCCUUGACCAGUACCUGACACUUCUGGCCGACGACCCGGUAAGAAAAAGUAUUUUUGCCUUUGAAAUUAAUUACUCUGUUCUCAAAGCGAACACACAGGGGCGGCCAACCCAGUACGCAAAGUAAGCCUUCGCGGUAGAG